AUGGCCUUUCAGGACCUCCUGGAUCAAGUUGGAGGCCUGGGGAGAUUCCAGAUCCUUCAGAUGGUUUUCCUUUGUAUCUCCAGCCUCAUAGUGUACCCUCAUAUUCUAUUGGAGAACUUCACUGCAGCUGUUCCUGGUCAUCGCUGCUGGGUUCACAUCCUUGACAAUGACACUGACUCUGCUAACGGCACUGGGACCCUCAGCCAAGACACCCUCCUGAGAAUCUCCAUCCCACUGGACUCAAACCUGAGGCCAGAGAAGUGUCGUCGCUUCCUCCUCCCCCAGUGGCAGCUCCUUCACCUGAAUGGGACCUUCCCCAACAUGAGUGAUCUGGACACAGAACCCUGUGUGGAUGGCUGGGUGUAUGACCAAAGCUCCUUCUCCUCCACUGUGGUGACUGAGUGGGACCUGGUAUGUGAAUCUCAGUCACUAAAAUCAAUGGCCAAAUUCUUAUUCAUGGCUGGAAUGCUGGUGGGAAGCAUCAUAUAUGGCCAUUUAUCAGACAGGUUUGGGAGGAGGUUAAUGCUCAGAUGGUGUUUGCUCCAGCUCGCCAUUACUGACACCUGUGCAGCCUUUGCUCCCACCUUCCUCAUUUACUGCUCCCUACGCUUCUUGGCUGGGUUUUCUACCAUGAGCAUCCUGACAAAUAUUUCUGUGCUUAUUGUAGAAUGGACAGUGCCCCGAUUCCAAGUCAUGGGAAUGACCAUGUCAAUCUGUGCUGCUUGCAUGGGACAGAUCGCCCUAGGAGGACUAGCUUUUGCCAUUCGAGACUGGCACACCCUUCAGCUGGUGUUUUCUGUACCAUUAUUUGUCUUCUUUCUUUCCUCAAGGUGGCUGGCAGAGUCUGCUCGGUGGCUGAUUAUCACCAACAAACCCGAGGAGGGCUUAAAGGAACUUAGAAAAGCUGCUCACAAGAAUGGAAGGAAGAAUGCUGGAGACGCCCUAACCAUGGAGGUUGUGAGAUCCAUCCUGCAGGAAGAGCUGGAGGCUGCACAGACCAAACCUUCUGUGUUUGACUUGUUCCGCACACCCAGCCUGCGUAAGAGCAUCUGUCUCCUGUCCUUUGUGAGAUUUGCAAACUUCAUGUCCUUUUUUGGCCUGAUUCUCCACCUCCAGUACAUGGGGAGCAAUGUUUUCCUGUUCCAGGUUCUUUUUGGUGCAGUCAACCUCCCAGCCAAUUAUGUUGCAUUUUUGGCACUGAAUCACCUGGGCCGUAAAGUAAGCCAGACGCUCUUCAUGUUUCUCCUUGGAGUUUCCAUUCUGGCCAUCACAUUUGCGCCUCAAGAAAUACAGACCUUGCGUGUGGCUUUGUCAACUUUGGGAAUAGCAGUUUCUUCUAUGGCUCUCAUGUGUUCUUUUGUCCAUGGAAAUGAACUAGUCCCCACCAUUAUCAGGGUAACAGCCUCAGGAUUCAUGGGAAUUGCUUCUAAUAUUGGGGCAGCCCUGGCUCCCCUCUUGAUGAUCCUAACAGUAUAUUCUCCCCACCUACCCUGGAUCAUCUAUGGAGUCUGCUCCAUCCUCGCUGGCCUUGUUGUUCCACUCCUUCCUGAAACCAGGAAUAAGCCUCUGCCUGACUCCAUCCAGGAUGUGGAAAAGGAGAGAAAAGGCUCAAGAAAAGCAAAGCAGGAAGAUACCUCCAUGAAAGUGACACAGUUUUAA